AUGGCUUCUACCAACUCCAAUGCUGGUGGUGUUGAAGGCAACAACUCCCAUGCUGAUCUGGAAGCUUCUGUGCUGAAGAUUGACAUGAACAACAUGGAUGAGGAAAUGGAUGAAAAGGAACCUGCUGAAAACUCCCCUGCUAAGGACCCUCCAGCUGCUGAAAAUUCCAAGGAGCAGGAAGAGGAGUCUCAGGAGGAUGACAUUGAGUUGGAAGGGGAAGAGACCAUGUUUCGCCCUGCACCACGAGCGGACCCGCCUGCCAACUCUGCUAGCGGUCGCACCAACCCUUCUCGCUCUGGUGGUGUGGCGGGUGACCCCGGACCUUCUACGCAGCGCGCUGCUGAGCCGAACACGCAAUUUUUUUGCUCUCUGCCGAUUACCCUGCCGCCAUUCAUCCAUGGCAAGACGGACGUGGCGGCAUGGUUGUCGAUGAUGACCGACUUGUUCAAGGCUCACAAGGUCCAUGACGUCGCUCGCGUCGUCGCUGCCACCACCGUGCUGGACCAGAAUGCACAGCGAGUGGUGUAUGGCAGCAAGCUCCAGGCUGAGGCGGAUAGGAAGCCGUUUGGGUGGGAGGAAUUCGCCUCUGCAUUCAAGCACGCUUUCCAGGUCCAGCCGACCCAGCUGGAGGUGCGCAGUCGCCUUGAGAAGCUGCAGUGCGGGAACCGCACAGUUCAGCAGUACGCUAUGGAGUUCGAGGAGAUAUGGGUGCUCCAGAAACCGGCGGAACGUAUGAGCGAAGGCGAGAAGAUCCACCUCUUCUUCAAGGGUCUGCCUGAGCACCUCUAG